AUGUUACUGAGAGGGAAAUCUAAGGAGCCAACCGACCAUAAUGUCACUCCUCCUGGGCCAUCAUAUAUGUCAAACGAUCAAUUUGCGGAUUACUUGGCAGAUUUAAGAAACAAUCGUGUUGCUCGCCCGAGUGGCGCAAGGCCUCCCCCUCCGAGUAAACGGCGACAAUCCAAUUCAAUAUCAUCGGUAUCAUCAGUUAUCACCCCGCAGACAAAUGCCCCACCAGAGACCCCAGCUUCUGUCGAUCCUCAACCGCGGCCCGGAAGUUCAUUUUCUCGCAGACCAACUCGGAAUUCCGUUGGGUCAUAUUCUUCGGUCAGCUCUAGAGCAGGGCGAUCGCUUGUUCAACCACCUCAAGAGCUUCCUCUCAAACCCUCCGAAGUUGUCCCCAGUGCUACAUAUAUCGAACGAGGUCUAAGAUGGAUGGAAAAGGAGGAGGCAGCGUCUCUGCGAGAGGCUAUGGAGGAUAUGGAUAUAAAAGGGGAACACGACGACGAAGUGCGGAUCCAUAAAGCUGCGCAAGAGGAAGCAUCCGAGUUGGUCUACACGCACCAGUUUGGGGAUAAGUUCAAAAAUCCUGAUGCGCCGUAUCGAUACAAAGACCAUUUAAGAAAGAACAGUUAUGCGCAUGCAAGGACUCAGAGUGUUGGACGAAUCGCUAGCCCUGCUGUGCCUACGGAGCUUGCUAGAGAUGCAAUUCCAAGAAAAGACUCAAUUGUGAGCGAUGAAGAAGGACCAAAAAACCCCGUAACUUCAAGGCCUUCCUCCCCAUUGAAAAACAGUAUUACUCCAGAACCAACGUUAAGUGGAUCCCUAGAUACCGGUCGAGAUGCAAUGGCUCAACAAGCUACGAAGACUUACGGCAGUAUUAGCCGACUACAAAACGGAAGAAGAAUGAGCGGCGGUGGUAAAAGGAACAUUAGCGGCGAAAUCAAAGGCAGCUUUACUGGUGAGCAGAUUUGGGAGGAACCCCAGCAAGAAAGCACGAAUGAUUCCGAUCGUGGUCGACCCAUGGAUGGCCGCCCAGCCUCUGCUUUACAGAUCAAGCCUCGAAAUCCCCUAAAUCGUGUUCAAUUUUCCGGGGAUGUUCCACGAUCCAAUAGUACCCCGCCUGAAAUCACCAAAAAGCUAUCCACAACCGAGAUAUAUAAAAAUCCACCAACACAGUCAAGAAAUCCUGCAUAUACUGCAAACAUGCCACCGGCAAAUGAACCAGAUGCUGAGAAGGAAGAGAUUCCCAAAAAGAAUGGGGUUGAGAUCAGAGGUGAAGAUAUACGUCAAGCGACAAGCAUGCGUCUUAGUGAUCGCAGCCCCAAACUCCCCACGCCCACUGCAGUCAGUGAUAAACCUGGCCGUCCAAUUGUAAGCUUUGACAAAAACUGGAAGCCGCAGGAGGCUGAUGACAAGCCAGAAGUGCGAAGAAGAUCGCCGUUCGAUCGCCGGCCAAAUAGCCAAAAGCAAAGCCUACCUGCUCGACCAGGUCCGACGCCUGUCUCAUCAAACAAGGAUUUUAGUGCACCGACCCAAGUGAGCGUCCCGGUUCCUAGUAUAAGUGUCUCAGAAUCAACACCGUCAGUCCCUACCUUAAAAUUUCCUGAUUCCCCUCAAAUUUCUAUUUCGGCUCCUAGUGUUCCAACGAUCAUUGAACCGGGAUCAAGCCCAACCAAAUCAGCACCGGCUGUACCAACGAUAAAUAUUCCAACUAUCAACGAGCCAGUAUCUCAGUCCGUACCUCAGAUCCCCACGAUUUCGGAGCCUGGUUCGUCACAAUCAAAGGCAAGACCGCUUCCAGAUCCCAAAACUGCCUCAAAACGCCCCAAUCCACGACAAGCCCCCGCGCCAAUUCCUCGAGGCCACUGGUCUCCCGCUGCAGGUAGUCGAGCUACAGCAACUUGCCAUCAGUGCCAAUUACCAAUUGAAGGAAAAGUGGUAGCUCUCCGUGGUGUACCCGAACGGUUCCAUCCGGAAUGUUUUAUCUGUUUCACAUGUGGCACCGCUCUUCAAGACCUCGAAAUUAGCCCCGAGCCCGCCGUUUCUCGCGCAGCACGUCUCGAUCGUAUAAAGCGUCGUGCACAUGGAGAGACGAUCCCUGAUACCGAGGGUGAAACAGAAGCCGAAGACGGAGAUGCUAGGUUACGAUUCUAUUGUCAUCUCGACUGGCACGAACUCUAUGCUCCUCGCUGUAAACAUUGUAAAACCCCUAUCAUCGGUGAGCAUGCCGUCGCACUCGGGGAACAUUGGCACUAUGGUCAUUUCUUCUGCGCCGAGUGCGGAGAUCCUUUCGAACAAGGAAUGACGCAUAUAGAAAAGGACGGAUAUGCCUGGUGUCUCUCAUGUCAAACCAAACGCACAGAACGCAAAGCCCCAAAAUGUAAGAGAUGUAAGAAAGCCGUCUUAGGUCAAUACGUACAAGCACUAGGCGGCGAAUGGCAUGACGAAUGCUUCCGAUGUGGUCAUUGCGCGGGUGGGUUCGAUGAUGGGCAGAUUUUCCCUUGUCAGAGAGGAAAUAAGGGUGAGGGUGGGGAGGUAAUUGUACUUUGCACGGGAUGCAUGGAGAAAGAAUUAAAGCAAUGA